AUGUCUUCCAACAGAUUGUUUCCUUUGAAAAUCAAGACUGUGCAGGCUUGCUUGUUUGCCAAAGAAGAUGACCCGUGGAGAUGGCACUACAGAUAUGGCCAUUUGAAUUUUAAUGGCUUGAGAACACUUCACCAGAAAGGGAUGGUCAUUGGCUUACCUGAGAUAACUCCUCCAUCAAGGGUGUGUGAAGAAUGCAUCACUAGGAACCACAAAAGAUACUCUUUUUCAAGUGGCAAGGCAGCAAGGGCUCAAUCAAUCUUGGAGAUGGAAAAAUCAGAAGCAUUUGAAGCAUUCAAAAGCUUCAAAGCUCUAGUUGAAAAUGAAUUAGAAAAGAAGAUUAAAACACUAAGAAUUGACCGUGAGGGAGAGUAUUGUUUGAAGGAGUUUGAUGCAUUUUGCAAAGAGAAAGGGAUCAAGAAACAGUUGACCACUGCCUAUACACCACAACAAAAUGGUGUAAGUGAAGGGAAAAAUCGCACCAUUCUCAACAUGGUUCGAAGUCUGCUAGUCAAAGGAAUAAUUCCCAAGAAGUUUUGGUCUGAAGCUGUGCUAUGGUCAGUUCAUAUCUUAAACAGAAGUCCCACAUUUUCUGUUAAGAAUAUGACUCCUCAAGAAGCUUGGAGUGGAUUGAAGCCUGCGGUUGAUCACUUUAGGGUGUUUGGGUGCAUAGCAUAUGCACACAUCCCUGAUGAGAAAAGAAAGAAGUUGGAUGACAAAAGUGAAAAAUGUAUUUUUCUUGGUGUAAGUGAAGUCUCAAAAGCAUACAAAUUAUACAAUCCAGUUACAAAGAAGAUAGUGGUAAGCAGGGAUGUGAUAUUUGAUGAAGACACUAUGUGGAUUGGUUCAGAGGAUCAUAUCUGCCAAUAUAAUUCUGCCCACCAUAUUGGUCACCAAAUCCUCCCAUAUAGUUGUGCCCACCAUAUUGGCCACCAAAUUGACUACUUGAGCCAUAUUGUAUUGGCCGAUGGAUUGGCUAUUCGAGCCAUAAGAAUCAUAGCCAUUGUUGUUCAUCAGCUGAUAAGAAUGUUGCCAUUCCUUUCGGUCGCUCAUAGAGUGUGUCCCACUAGGCGUGCCAAAUUAUGUUUCCCUCUUUUCAGUCAAGGUGAUCGAUGGAAGGAACUUUUGGUCCUUCUUCUUUUGGAUGCAGGGCGUGCCAUCACCAAGCCUCGAAUUUGGGCUUAA